CCCCAAAAAAUACCACAACCCAUAAAACAUGGAAACAUCCUAUAGCUACUUGGGAGCCAAGGAGAUGAAAGAUAUUGACGAUGAGCUAAUGGCUGAUUUGAGGUAUUCUGUGUAUCAGUUGAUGGAACUUGCAGGACUGUCAGUGGCCCAGUCUCUUUAUCAUUAUGAUAAGGAAUUGGGGGGUUCUGAUGGGAAGAAGGUGUUGGUGAUAGUAGGACCAGGGAAUAAUGGAGGUGAUGCCUUGGUAGCAGCUAGGCAUCUUAAGUUCUUUGGGCAUAGUCCGGUUGUAUAUAGGGUGUAUUAUCCUAAACGUCCUAAGAAGGAUCUAUAUGAAGAACUUGUUACUCAAUGUGAAAACUUGGAAAUAGAAUUUAUUGAUGAACUCCCUGAAGAUAUUACAACUGAAGCCUACGACUACAUUCUGGAUGGUAUCUUUGGAUUCUCUUUUUCAGGUAGCAUUAGAGCUCCUUUUGAUGAUGUUAUCACUAAAAUGGGAGCAAGCGAUGUACCAAUCGCCUCUAUUGAUGUCCCAUCAGGAUGGAAUGUUGAUGAAGGUAAUGUAAAUGGAACAUUCACACCAUCUAUGGUAAUUUCUCUUACUGCUCCAAAGAAGUGUAUGGAAGGAUUCACUGGAGCUCAUUAUAUUGGAGGAAGAUUUGUCCCAAAACCCAUAAUCGACAAAUACAGCAUCACUCUUCCAGAAUAUUCAGGACUUGAUCAGUUUGCAAGACUCUAAAAAUUUCAAUUCACAGAUAGGUUAAAG